GGCGGGCGCCGCCGCGGGUUUCAGCGCCGGUUUCGGCGCGCCGAUUUCGGGCUUGUUCUUCGCGUUCGAGAGCAUCCUAGUUCCCGGAUCCAAGGGUGGCGGCCGCGAGCGCGCGGGCGCGGUGACGACGGAGAUGGUCAUCUUGGCGAGCGUUUUAGCCACAGUCGCGAGUAAAACCGUGCUGGGAGAUUUGCCCUCCGUGGAGACUCCGCCGUUCGAGCUCUUGGAUCUCGUCGAGUUGCCGCUGUACCUCCCGCUCGGUUUGGCGUGCGGUAUCACCGCCGCGGCGCUUCGUAAGAUGAACGUUGUGUUUGAUGACGUCGCCGAAAACUUCAUCUCGAACGAGCGCGAGAAUGGCGGUCUAGGAAUCCCGAGGAUUUGGCACGCCCCGAUUGGCGGCGUUUUGCUCGGAUGCCUGGCGCUCAAGUAUCCGCAGGUGACGUAUCAGGGGUUCGAUAAUGUGAACGCGUUGCUGGUGAAGAACGCACCGUACACGCCCUUGGUACUCGGCGAGCUCGUCCUCGCCAAGCUACUGGCGACGGCGAUUUGUCGAGGAUCGGGACUUGUCGGAGGCGUGUACGCGCCGUCGCUCUUUCUGGGCGCGGCGUUGGGCACCGCUUUCGGAGGCGCGCUCAAGCUCACGGACAUCCCGAUGACAUUCAUCGCCCCGGAUCAAGCGUACUCUCUCGUGGGUAUGGCCGGGGUGCUCGGCGGCGUCUGUCGAGUGCCGCUCACCGCCAUCUUGCUCCUUUUUGAACUCACUGGCGACUAUAGAAUCAUUCUUCCCUUGAUGGGCACCGUCACCGUGGCGACGUCCAUCGUGAACAAUCUCGAAUACAAUAGAUUCCCGCUGCUUGCGAUCGAUGUGGAGGCUCAAGGCGUUACCGCGCUCGCGACCUCUCUCGUCGCUCGUCCGCGCGACGUCAUGCGAACGGACGUGGUCUUUCUGCAGGAAGCCGAUACCAUCUUCGACGCAUACAUGGCUCUGUUACGCGUGUCAGAUUUCGACAACCCACCGCCGUGUGUCUUCGUGGUCUCGAACACAAGCAAGGAGGAGUACGUCGGCGUUGUGACGCCGAGUAGCAUAGCCGACGGAAUAUCGCGUCGGGGGUACAACACGCGCACGAGAGUGACGAAAGUCAUAGACAAGAAGUCGCGAGUGAUUGACGCAGACGUCAAACUGCGAGACGUCGACUUGCCGUGCGAAGACGACUUCGUCGUCGUCAUCGACGCACAACGCCCAAUAGGCGUCGUCGAGACGUGUGUGGCGGUGAAGCAGAUCAAUCGCGAACGACUUCGAUCCAUUUUAUCCAAAGAGGACGUGUAA